UUUUGCAUCCUGGCAGUCUUGUUCUUGAGGUGACGCACAAAGGAUUGAGAAAGAUAUUGGCCUUUAAUAAAAGCACAAACACGCAGCAAUGCCUCCAAAUUCAGGUCCAACAUUCAAAAUGAAGACUAUCGUGUGGUUUGUAUUAGUGUUGGGUCCACUCACUGCUGCAGGCGAAGUGGUGUUUGCAGAACCAGGGGAGAGAGCCACCAUCAAGUGUGGGGGCAACAAAGACCCUUUAAACCUGGAUUGGAAACGUGGACAGAAAUUAAUCAUUGGGUAUUUGAGGCGUGGCUCCCCUCGCAGAGGCCGAGAGGAAAUUGCGAGCAGGUCAAGGCUGCUACAGGCUAAUUUGAUGAUUAACAGAGUGAAGAAAGAGGAUGCUGGACAGUUCACCUGUGAAGCAGACAGCAAAAUGUAUAAUCACACACUUUUGGUGGUGUCAGUGUCAGUCAGCCCCUCCGGUGAGCUCCAGCUGGGCAGCAAAGCUACGCUCCAGUGUCAGGUCGAAGGUCUGAGCCCAGCCCCUCCAGUGCAGUGGAAGAGGCCAGGUGUAGAUAAACCAACAGAGUCACACACUGUUAAACUCAAUCCUGUGGCCUCGUCAGAUGCAGGAACCUGGGAGUGUGUAUUCUCUCAGGAUGGGCAGAUCAAAAACGUGAGCCUAGUUAUGAAAGUUAAAGGCGGCUCUAACUCUAAGACAAGUGAUGAUUCACGGCCGCUGGUGCUGCUGGGGCUCAGCUUGUGGGUGUGGGUUGGAAUUGGAGUUGGAGUUGGAGGCCUGGUCGCAGUUUCCCUGAUGUUCGGAGUCACCGUUUUGUAUAAGAGGAUCAAAAGAAGGAAGAGUAAUGUGCUGGACCAAGCAGUUGACUGGAUCUUUUCCCACCUGGAUGACCUGGAGUCCAUGGAUGUGUCUGAAGGAGGUCGAUCAGCUGCAGAGAGCGAGGGUGGCAGGGACCCUCCGCCCGGACCUCGUGUCAAAGACGGACUGGGCAAAUAUGAGCUGUUGGCAUUCAUCAGUCGCAUGGAGACGAGCACAAUGUGCGGCCACUAUGUUUGUCACAUCAAGAAGGAUCAGCAGUGGGUCAUCUUCAAUGAUCAGAAGGUGUGCGCUUCAGAGAAACCUCCCACAGACCUGGAUUACCUCGACUUCUGCCGGAGAAUGGCUGAAUGAGACAAAGGAGCGCUACACUCGGGGUGAAGGAAGAGGGCGUGGACGCUAACACAAACACACAACAUCCACAGCUGCACUCCACCAAGCUCUUACAAACGCCCUGGCACGCUUCACAACUGACCAAACUGUAAAUAAGUCUCUCAGAUUGCAAAUAUACCCGGUUAAAUAAAUUGGUGCAGAUGUACAGAUUAGGUAUUGGGGGGGGGAGAUGUUUUAUUUUCAUCCACUGAGCACAAAAGCAUGGGCCUGAUCAGAGAAGCAGGUUCAAAUAGUUUAUCUGGACAAGUUUUCUGAGUAAAACUCUGAAAUCUGGAUUUUUGCCUGAUGUUAAAAGACCUUUUCCAGGUUUUACUCUACAGUAUCAUCCAGUAACUCAGAAAACCUGCUUCAUUGAACAGGCCCUAAACAUUAGCCAUUCACUCUUUAAUAAGUUUGCUCUAUUAUCACCGUUCCAUGUCCUGUCUAUUGACGUCCAUUGCCAGCAAUGGUCACUGCCCUUUCCCUUCAAAAUACAGUCUAUUGCUUCCAGCCCCCUCUUUUUAUUUUAUUGGACGGUUGCAGCUUAGUGUCACCUCUUCAGCCAAGCACCAACUCCUCCUCUAGCCUAUUCAGUGAGGAAGUAAUAACAGUUCAAGACGAGAGGAAAUGUCAGUAAGUGAAACAAAUAAAUAACAGCUCAAAUGUGUGUUACAAAAGGAAAUAAAAAAAAUGUCAAACACCAAAAUCAA